AUGGAAGAAGGGAGUAGUUGGGGGAGUGGUGAUGAGAAGGAGAAGAAGAAGAAAAUAAUAAGUGCUUUGGUUGUGGAUGAUGAGGCUGUGGUUAGAUACAUUCACAUGUCUCUCCUCAGAAAGUUGAAUGUUGAACAAGUUGAAGCAGCUGAAAGUGGAAAGGCAGCAGUUGAUGCUUUCCAAUGUGGGGCUUCUUUUGAUCUUGUUCUUAUGGACUUGGAAAUGCCUCUCAUGGAUGGGGCUCAGGCAACGAAGGAGCUGAGAAGAAUGGGAGUUGAAAGCAAGAUUGUUGGAGUGACAGCGAAUGGAGCAAUUAGCUGUGAGAAGGCUGCCUUUAUGGAGGCUGGUCUCGACCAUUGCUUGAUGAAGCCAUUGACACUUGAAAAUCUUCACUCUCUCCUCCAACAAUUCAAUACAUAA